AUGGGCUUUCGCGACCUGCCCAUCUCCGAGGUCGAGCAGGAGGAGGAGCUCGACGAACAGACCCUUGCCGUCCUCAUCGACCGCCACUCCCUCCGCCUCCAAGAGGUGCGGCGCAAGCAGCCCGGCGAACUCGAGGCCGCGUUGGCCCUCUUUGACCGGGUCGCCGAUGGGCGCAAGCCGGUCGCACGACUGCUCGUCGACCGCUUCAGCGAUGAGGAGCAGGCACUGCUGCGGGCGGAGGCCAAGGUCGACCUCGAGGGGCUGGCGAGGUUGUACGAACGGGCGGGACUGCCGGCGGUGGCUCGCGAGGUCGAGCGCUUCCGGAUUCACGGCGACAGCAGGUCGCAAUCCUGCGCCAACGCCCUCGCCUCGCGGUACGUGGUCGCUGAGGUCGAAGACAAGAUGGGCUGGCUGGAGGGCGCACAGCCGCUGCCCGCCGGCCACGCCCGCGUGGGCCAGUCACCGAGAGAUGACACGGAGAACAGCCCCGGCUCGCCGCUGAUGCCGCCGCCCUCGAGGGAGUACAUCGCAAAGGCGCGCGCGUCGCCGCCCAAGAAGCUCGCUCCUCUCGCUCUGUCGUCCGCGGACAUCAGCGACGACGCGGCGAAGGUGCCUCGCGGCAAGAUCGAGACGCAGCCUGCACUGCUCGCGGAGUUUGCCGGCCUGAUCGAUGCCAUCGGUCCCGCCAUCUGCCAGCUCCUGCCGGGCGAGGCCGGCCUCACCAAGGGUCUCCAGCACAUCUUCAAGGCCGUGGUGGACGCCGCGGGUGGCUCGCUCGAGGCCGUCGCCUGCCUGCUCAAGGAGCUGUCCACGGGGCACCUCUUCGACGGCAUCAAGCAUUUCCUGAGCAACAUCGCGACGACGGUUGGCUGCACGCUCGACGAAGUCUACCAGGCCGUGCAGGCGCUGCUCGGCGGUGUGGAGGACCUGACCGGCUCGAUCGGCGAGAUUGUCGAGUGCAUCCUCAAGAAUGUCGGCGAGCUGCUCUCCGAGAUCAAGAAGGGAGUUGUCGCGCUCCUCAAGUGCAUCCUUCCGACCAAGCUCUUCGCCAGCAUCGAGGCGCUCGUGGGCGGCAUUCUCCGCGAGGUGUCCAGCCUCGUCGACCUGCGCUGCCUCUUUGAGAACAUCGAGCACCUCCUGUGCACGGUCUUCUCGGCGGUGCGCUUUCUGCUUCAAAACGUGGCGUCGAUCGUCUUUACCAUCCUCUGCGACACGAAGAAGGUCGUGGAUGGCGUCCUCGUUGCGACGGGCAAGGUUGUCAGCGACGCCAUGGGCCUCGUCAAGGAGGUCCUGGGCGACGUCUUCCGCCUGGUCAGGCACGCCCUGUGCGAGGUCGCCGUCUUCCUGCGGGGCCUCUUCGGCGGCGUCUCGGGCUUCCUCUGCCACCUCCUGCUCGACAUCGAGCAGCUGCUCUGCUCCAUCCUCGGCGGCCCGCACCACUGCCUCGGCGCCGUCGACAAGAUUGGCUGCGCCAUCGGCAAGGUGUUUCCGGCCAUCGAGCAGAGCGCGCUGUGCCUCUUCGGCCACAUCCAGCGCAAGGGCGUAGACAGCAAGGGCGCGCUCAAGCUCUGCCUGCACGAGGUCUCCGGCAACUUCCUCUGCGAUCUCUUCACCGAGCUCAAGGGCUUCCUCGAGAUGGUUGCCAAGGCCGUCGGCUGCACGCUGUCCGACGUCUUCGCGGCGGUCCGGAUGAUCCUGAACGGCGUCGCGUGCGAGACGAGCAAGAUUGUGAGCUACAUCCUCGCCAACGUGGGCUGCCUGCUGGAUGGGAUCAAGAAGGCCGUCGUCUGCCUCCUCAAGAAGGUGCUGCCGGCGGGGCUCUUCUGCAGCAUCGAGAAGCUCCUCUCCACCAUCCUCUGCAGCGUCGCCAACCUGGUCGACCUGCGCAAGCUCUUCCGCGGGAUCUGGGGCCUCGUGGGCGAGGUGCUCUGCUUCACCAAGUUCCUGCUCGCGGGCGUCGGCUGCCUCGUCCGGGAGAUUCUCACCGAGAGCGGCGAGCUCGUCAACGGCGUCCUCUGCAAGACGGGCAAGGUGGUGCACAACACGCUCGAGCUCGUCAAGGAGGUGGUGGGCGACGCGCUGUGCUACGUGCACGGCCUGCUGGAAAAGGUCGGCUGCUUCGUGGAGGAGCUGCUGGGCAGCAUCGACACCUUCCUCUGCUGGCUCUUCACCGAGGUCUCCAAGCUGGUGGGCGCCAUCCUGCACGGCGUGUCUUGGAUCCUCGGGCAGGUCAACAAGAUCUUCCCCGCGAUCUGCGCGCUGCUGCCGGGCAUCGACGGCAUCGUCAGCGACAUCCUCUCGGGCGUCGCCUGCGUCGUCCAGGACGAGCUCGAUCAGGUCAAGCUGCUUCUCGAGGCGAUCGGCUGCGCCGUGGCGAAGAUUCUGAAGCCGAUCCGGUGCUUCCUCGAGUUCAUCGCCAAGGAGGUGGGCUGCACGGUGAAGGAGGUCUUCUGCGCCGUCAAGGCGCUGCUGUGCGGCGUCGGCGGCCUCGUCGGCAAGACGCUCAAGAUCGUGCAGUGCAUCCUCGCCAACGUCGGCCGGCUCGUUCAGGACGUGCUCGCGGGCGUCGUCUGCUUCCUGCAGAAGCUCAACCUGGCGUCGAUCGGCGAGAAGAUCGCGGCGCUUGUCGGCACCAUCCUCUGCGAGGUGAGGGACCUGGUGGACCUGCGCGGCCUCUUCUGCAAGAUCGCGGCGCUGCUGCACGGCAUCUUCGACUUCACCUGCUGCCUGCUCAAGAAUGUCGAGUGGUUGGUCUGCACCAUCCUCGGCGACGUCACGGCGCUCGUCCGCGACGUGCUCGGCUCGGUGCUGCACGAGCUGUGCGUGGUCCUGGAGGACGUGGCCGUGUUUGUGUACUGCACGCUCGGCGGCGUCAACUGCCUCGUGUCGGCCAUCUUCCACGACGUCAUCUGCCUGCUCAAGGGGAUCCUCUGCCCGAAGCACGACAUCUGCUGCCCCGGGACGGCCAAGAGGAUGGGCCUCUGCUUCGUGUUCGACCUGCUCAACGGGCUCAACAUGGCCUUCGAGCCCUGGCUGGGGUACAUCAAGUGCGGCCCGGGCUACGGCUUGCUCGCGGUCCAGGUCAAGCCCUUUGGCGUGCCGCUGAUCUACGGCAACGUCUGCGGCCCGGUGCCCUCCUGCCCGGCGCCGCCGCAGCCGCCGGCGUGCAAGUAGACGCGCGGCCGAGCGCGCGCCCGGAGGGGCCACGGCCGGCUCACCGGGAUGCCCACUUGCCACCAUGCAUAGCAUGCAUAGCAUGCAUAGCAUGCAUAGCAUGCAUAGCAAGCACAUCAGCAUGUGCGCGGAGAGAGUGAGAGAGAGAGAGAGAGUUCAUUCGGGGGUGUACGUUCUCUCUCUCUCGGGGUGAGUGUGUGUGUCCAGUGAGAGGGUGUUGGGGGACCGGACCUGGGGGGGGGGUCGCGCGUGUGGGGUGUGCGUUUCAUUCGCUCCUUUCCACUUUCAUUGA